GCCGUCGGCGGCCCGUGGCCGGAACGCGCUGCGGGGAGGGGCGGAGCGAGCGGGCGGGAGCGCGCGCUGGGCCCGCCUCGGCCGCCGCCGCCGCCGCCGCUGCCGGGGAAUAAUCUGGGCGGCAGCGGGCGGCCCCGGCCAGCAGCCACGAGCCACUUCUGCGGCUGCCGAGCAGAGCGGAGGUCGCCGGUCUCGUGUCGUCCCCCUCUCCGCCCCCCAGGAGGGGCGAGAGGGAGCCGAGGCUGAUGUCAGGAGAGCCGCCGGGCUGCCGCGUCGCGCCAGCGCCCAGCGAGCCGGAGCCUUGCGCAAGUGCUGGGGGACUGCCUCUGAGCUCUCUGGAUCAUCAGAAAUACAUUUUCGGGAAAUGGCCUCUAAAUCUUGGCUGAAUAUUUUAACCUUCCUUUGUGGAUCAGCAGUCGGAUUCGUUUUAUGCUCUCAGCUACUUAGUAUUUUGUUGGAAGAACAGAAGGACAUCCAACCUAGUAUUCUUCAUAAUGAUCCUCACGCUAGGCAUUCAGAUGACAGCGAACAGAAUCAUCUACAAGGACAGAUGAACUUCGAUGCAGAUGCCAGCCAACAUAAAGACGAGAACACUGACAUCGCUGAAAAGCUCUAUCAGAAGGUUAAAAUUCUUUGCUGGGUAAUGACAGGGCCUCAAAAUCUAGAGAAAAAGGCUAAACAUGUCAAAGCUACAUGGGCCCAGCGUUGCAAUAAAGUGUUGUUUAUGAGUUCAGAAGAAAACAAGGACUUCCCUGCUGUGGGAUUAAAAACCAGAGAAGGCAGAGACCAACUGUACUGGAAAACGAUUAAAGCCUUUCAGUAUGUUCAUGAUCAUUAUUUAGACGAUGCUGAUUGGUUUAUGAAAGCAGAUGAUGAUACUUACGUUAUACUGGAUAACUUGAGAUGGCUUCUCUCAAAAUACAACCCUGAAGAACCCAUUUACUUUGGGAGAAGAUUUAAGCCCUAUGUAAAGCAGGGCUACAUGAGUGGAGGAGCAGGAUAUGUCCUGAGCAAAGAAGCUUUGAAGAGAUUUGUUGAGGCGUUUAAAACAGACAAAUGUACGCACAGUUCCUCCAUCGAAGAUUUAGCACUGGGGAGAUGCAUGGAAAUUAUAAAUGUAGAAGCAGGAGAUUCCAGAGAUACCACUGGAAAAGAAACUUUUCAUCCUUUUGUACCAGAACACCACUUAAUCAAGGGUUAUCUGCCAAGAACCUUUUGGUACUGGAAUUAUAACUAUUAUCCUCCUGUAGAGGGUCCUGGUUGCUGUUCCGAUCUUGCAGUUUCUUUUCACUAUGUUGAUCCUACAACUAUGUAUGAGUUAGAAUACCUCGUUUAUCAUCUUCGUCCGUAUGGUUAUUUAUACAGAUAUCAACCUGCCUUACCUGAGAAGAUGCUAAAGGAAGUAAGUCAGAUAUACAAAAAUGAAGAUAAAAAAGUAAAUCAGGAGCCCUUGAAAGAAAAACAUAAAUGAAAAGAGGUAAAAUGUCUAGCAUUGCACUGAAGAAGAACUUCUCCAUUUCUGAUAUAGAACACUGGAACCCCAGUGAGGAAUUCUUUCCAAGUGAACAUUCCAUAUUAGAAACCUUUCGUAUGAAUGACUGUAAACUGAAGCUUUAAGUGCGCUGUGAAGUCUGUUAAAAUGUGUUUUGAUACAGUAAUAUAUAUAUGUAUAAGAAAAACUUGUGUUUUUAAAAUGGUGACCAGGCAGAGGGACUAGAAAAGAGAUUCGUUGCCUAUUCCUGACCACAUGUAUUAUUUUCACUGGGAAAUUAAAAGUUAAACUUGCUAAAACUACACUGCACCAUGUUAGUAACUCUCACACGAUGCUAAACAGAUCUGCCUUAAAGAAAAUUUAGAAGGAAAUAUUGUUGCUCAGUGUUGUCUGUAGACUCAGAACAUGAGUUUAUAUUUGCAGUAUGAUAUAAAUGAACCAACCACCCCCUGACACACACACGAACAGUUUUUGUCUAAUGAAAAUUUGCUGUGACUAUUUAUAAUUGGUAGUAUUUCUUCCAGAAGAAGGUAGAAUAAGAAUGGCACUUGUCCUGAAGUGCAUUAAUAAAACCACGUUUUGAAAUUAUCAUGGGCCUUGACUGUAUUAUAUACUUCACUCUAAUUAAUAGUUAAUCUUCUGCAGAGUCCCCGCUGUCCCUUCUAAAUGUGCUUAACCAUUCUCAAAUGCCAUUCUGAACUAUUAAUAUUUAUUUACUGAAAGCAUUAAUAGCAUUCAAUAAACAUGCAUUUUUAAGUAUUUUAUUCCUAGUUUUACCCAUUGUUAAUUAUGGGUAGCUAAUGAUAGUAAAUUUAAUGCUAUUUGGAGAUGCAUUUCUUAUAAUAGUGCUAUUCUCAGGAAUCACUAAGUUACAUUUUUAACUGAUUAUUUAAAACUCUGUCCAACUACAUAAUUAUAGUUCCUUUCUUUCUCAUUCUGUUGAGAGUUGAGAACUUGUUUGUGCCUUUCAUAACUUGUUUAAAGCAGAGGUUUGAGAUUCAUUUUUAGGUUCUGAGGUGGCUGUUAGUUACACUGGCUAAAUAAUUUGUAAGAUUUUGACCAGAGUUAAUUAAAAACAGUAAAAAAUGCAGAAUGCUUAAACAAACUGAAAUGUGUCAAAUAUUAAAAGACUAAAUACUUAAUUUAUGAAUAACACUGAAUUUUGAUGCUGACUUCCUUGAGGAUGAUUGUUUUUGUCAAUGGACAGUUGGAACAAAGCAGAAUACCCAUUCAAGACUGUCAUCAAAAACACAUAAAUGUUUCAUUCUAAUUUUGGUGACCCUCUAUUUAAAGAAUUUCUGGAAGGAAAGAAAAUGUUAAAUUUUAGUUGUUUUUAGCAAUUAUCAUCUGAGUGUAUCAUAACAGAAUACACCUCCUAUAUGAUUAUCUUAAAUGUUACAAAUAAUUUACAUUUCUCUUAUGUUUUAUCAUAAUGCUAAUUUUAUGUGGCUGUUAUGCCAUUGAUUCUGCUGCUUAGCUAAAUAUUUUAUAUUUAUUGUGCCAAAAUAUAUCAAAACCGAGACCUCUUUGCAUUGUGUAUUUGAGAGGAUGUUCAUCCUAGUGGCUAAUGAUGGAUUACUCUGUCAACAUAGUGAAAACUUACACUAGUUUUUACCUAUUAAAUUUUUUUUUGUUAUUUUCUUGGUGAUAUCAGCUGCCAAACUUUCAAGGCAUUCUAUUUUUUGAGCAACUCUUUACCUUGCUAUGAAUAUGAAUUUACUUGCUGUCCAUAUACACUACUUUUCUGUACUAGAAUUAUAAAUUGUUUACCAUAAACAUCCAAAAACCUUAAAAUUGACUCGUACAAAAUCAGCAUUGUGAUGAAUCCUGGGGUCUGGAGUCAGACCACCUGGGUUUAAAUUCUUGUUCCAUCACUAGUUUUGUAGCCUUGAGCAAUUUACUUAAUCCUAACUCUGUGCCUCAAUUUCCUCAUCUGUAGACUAGGGACAGGAAUACUACCUACCUCACAGGAUUUUUAUGAGGAUUAAAUGAGUGAAUAUGUGUAUGACUUUUAAGAACACUGUUUGUCCCAGAGUAUGGAAUGCUAAGUGUAAAGUUUUCUUAUUAUUCUUUACCUUGGAGUAUAAAUAUUUAUUUUAAAUGAAUGAGAAAUCUGCUUUAAUCAAAUCAUAUAUUAAGGGAAAUAUUUCAUACAUUUCUUAUAAUAAGUAAUAGCUAGUUUUUAUUUGAUGCCUACUAUACACCAGGUAAUGUGCUUAGAUACUCGGUGUUAAUCCUCACAAAUUAGGGGUUACUCCCAUAUUAUAGAUGAGAAAACUGAGGCUCAGAGAACUAGUCAUUUUUCCACUGUCAGAAAGUUAGUAAGUAACAGAGCUAAGAUUAAUACUCAGAGCCUGUGUAUUCUCUGUACCAUGUCAGCCUUGAGGUUAAUCAUGUAACAUUAUUUCCAUUUUUAUUUAAUGACAUGUGACAUCUGAUACAUUGGCCAGUAGUUAUCAAAUUAACCAGCCAAAAUUGUCAUAAUGAUCCAUAAAUUGUGCUUCAUAUACUCUUGCCUGGGAACUUGAUAAAAUGGAGGUUUCAAGACCCCAAUUCCAGAAAUUUUGAUUCUUUGUUGGGACCUAGAAGUAUGCAUUCUUCCCAGAUACCCUUGGGCACCAGUUCUCAAAGUGUGGUCCCAAUCCGCAGUGUCAGCAUCACCUGGGAAUUUGUCAGUAAUGAGUCCUGGGUCUCACCACAGACCUACUGAAUCCCGAAACUCUAGUGAUAGAAGCAAAUAAUUAUGUUAAAACAAGCCCUCCAAUUCCCCCCUAAACCUGGUGAUCAUAUGCAAAUCAUCCUUAUAACACACUGAGGAUUACUUCCCCAUAAGUGUGGUUAUCUUUCAAAAUUUAGAUACAGCAUAAUAUAAUGUAGUUCUAUACUAUGGAUCUAAUAUAGAAUCACACUAUAUUAGUAAAAGACUAAAGAUAAUAUAAAUAUAUUUAGUAAGAGACUAAAGAUAAUAUAAAAAGGUCAGUGAAUCAUUCAUUUGACAGAAUCCUUUAGCUUCUUCAGGGUGACUAAUAUCAAGGCCCACAGUAAAAUAUGAAGUUUAGUAGUUUCAUAUUAGGGCAGAAAAUGUUCAGUAAUUACUAGUAAGUACACAUUAAUUCAUUAAAAGCAUACCAAAAUGUGGUAUCAAAAAUGUCCACAAUUGGUGGUAAAAAAAUUUUUCAAUAGAGACAGUAAAGCACUAUUAUAUAAUAUGCAGAAUGUUUUUCUGCUAAUUUUAUCAAAAUUUCAUCACCUUUAAGGAUCAGCUGACUGUUCUAUAGGACGUAGUAAAGCAAAAAACUCUCCAAGUAUUUAGUAGAGCACAUAAAACCAGAUUUGAUGUGGAUAAUGACUUACUGUCUUUUACAUGAAGAUUUUUGUCCUCUGGGUAAAUGACUUUAGUAUGGUCUUAAACAGGCUUCGCUGUCUUUUGUUCUCCAAUAACAGUAUACUUGUAUUUCAAGUGGGAGGCUUGUAGAUGAUACAAAGCAGAUUUUUUCCCAGAGUUCAGUUGUUUUCAAAUACCUUAAACUUCAGAGGAGUUUCUGUUACAUGUAAGAAGAUUUGGAAAUAAAUGACUGACCAGGUUUUAAUAUUUUUAAAAGUAUGGUGAUUGAAUUUGAACAUUAAAUUUGCUAAUUGGUUAUUUUCAUAAUUGUUUGAGUAUUAAUUUUUCACUUCCUUGAGCCUGUUAUACUGUAUUGUUACCAGAUUGAGGCUUGAAAGAUCCCUCAUUUGAUAGAUUCGAUGACGUCUACCCUUUUAUUCAUUUAAAUUUUCAUUUCUUUAGAAUAUUUCACUUCUUUAGAAUUUUGACAAUUUCUAUUUCUUUGUAUUUAUUGCCCAUCUUUAUUUCUUUGAUAACUAACUUCCACUUUCUCACUACUCCUAAUGCUGCCCUCACAAGAUUAAUUCAGCUAUUCUUUGUGAUUAGAGUUUGUAUAUAUCACUUACAUAAUUUUAUACCUAUUGAUAUUGUUUCCCUAUGAGAUUGUAAGUAAAAGUUUGUCUAAGAAUAAUGCCUGCUGGCUCUCAGGAUACUUGACCUACUUAAAAGUCUACAAUUUUAAACUAAUUUUAGAUAUUCAAUUAAAUGAAGUAAAACUAUUUAAAAUUAUUUGGAUUCUUCCACUCCCCAACUUCACUUUUUCUCAAGAAAAAACACCCUCAUUUCACUGCUUAUUUAUAGUAGGCUUGACAGAAGCGUACUUAAGAAAUCUGGGGGACAACCUGUGGUUUAUGUUGUACUAAAUAUAACCUCUAUUGAUUAAAAAGAUGGCUUAUGUUUAUAUAUUGGAGUUGAAAUAGAAAUUUUAGUUCAGAUUAGAAUGAGAAAUUUUAUAAAUUCUCUUUAGAGAAACCAACUCUAAAACUAGUUUCAACUCCUUUACCUCUCUAGUUUUUAGUUUAUAUCAGCGAAGUUUAAAUAACUUUACAGGGCCCUGCAGCGAUCCAUAUAUAAAGUAUACUAUUAGAGGGGAACUAAUCUUACUGCUAAGCAGUGUGUUAUAUUGCCCAGAGGAUGCUUGUGUUUUGGAAUUUAAAAAUUAUGUAACGUAAUAGUAUCAUGAAUGAUUUUAAAAUGUCUGGUGACUUGCUUAUUUUAAGUGAUCACCAAAAAGUCAGAAAAAAAUGUAUUUUUAAAUGUUUUUUAAAGUGCCUUUUGAACAUUUUUAAACAAUGGAUUUAAACAACUGCAUAAAAUAAAUUACCAUUUUAAAGCUG